AUGGGCAAAGUAUCCUAUCCAACAAACACAAUGAAGUCAAUGUCUUUUUUCUUCUAUCUUUUAUUCUAUGUUGGAGGUUUAUUAGAAAUAGGAGGCUAUGAUAAAGGAGGCUAUGAUAAAGGAGGCUAUGAUAAAGGAGGCUAUGAUAAAGGAGGCUAUGAUAAAGGAGGCUAUGAUAAAGGAGGCUAUGAUAAAGGAGGCUAUGAUAAAGGAGGCUAUGAUAAAGGAGGCUAUGAUAAAGGAGGCUAUGAUAAAGGAGGCUAUGAUAAAGGAGGCUAUGAUAAAGGAGGCUAUGAUAAAGGAGGCUAUGAUAAAGGAGGCUAUGAUAAAGGAGGCUAUGAUAAAGGAGGCUAUGAUAAAGGAGGCUAUGAUAAAGGAGGCUAUGAUAAAGGAGGCUAUGAUAAAGGAGGCUAUGAUAAAGGCUACAGUUUGCUGUACUUUUGA